GUCAAGAAUUCUCUUUUUUUCACCAUUGCAAUGUCCUCCAAGACAUCCUCUCUCAUCAAACCGGAGCUGCCACGUCGACCAUCUCCUAGACCUCUUCAUGUCGAGUACAGUCAGCCGCCCGUCCUCCUGCGUCCAAUGGAGUGUACCACAGAACAGCGGUUCCUUGAGGCACUCUUCCUUGUCGCAGACGACGCACGCGACAACCAUAUACGCCAGCUCCUGAAGUCCCUCACGCAUCUCGAGUCCACCAGCAAUGUCGUGCGUUUUAUGAAUCUAAAAUCCGACCUCUACGACCCUAAGUUAUGCCCGCCCUUCUCAAAGCAAGCGAAUGGCGAACGUUCGCAGCCUCCAUGGAAGCAACUGCGUGGACAACAUUAUCGAGUAGUGACCAGGAUCACGGCCAUCGGCAGGACUAGUAUGAAGUUACAGCACCGCGUCCUAACUGUGCCCAAGAGUCAAGUCAACCGAGAUUUUAAUAAUCGGGAUGAGGACACCAAAUAUCGAGAGUUGACGCCAGGGGACGAGCCAGAGCGACAGUUCGCGAGUGCAGAAGGAGUACUUGUCUUCAUUCUUUGGCAACAGGAUGAGCAAGGACAUCGAUUUUUUAAACCACACCCAUGCCCGUUUCAGGACAAGGCUCUGCUCAGUCUGCCAUUCGUUCAGAUGCUAUGUGAACAGGGACCUGAACCAAAAACUGUGGACUCCCAGCGACCAGAGAACGCCUUCCGAUUCGAAUUAUAUUUAAGAAAGUCGGACGAGGAUGAGCUAGGACAUGUCACUAAUUCUCGAUAUGUGGCGCUGUUAUACGAAGUACUGGUGUAUGGACUGAAUAAAGGAUACUAUGCCAAUGGGUAUGGGCCUUGCAGAACACUAUCGCCUCUUCCGACGUAUGCGAAGCAGGAUUCUCAGGCUGGAGGUCCCUCAGACGCUCACCUGGCCUCUCAGAUUGCUGUUCCUGCCAAUUCCAAGUUUUACAACACUGCCAAUAUCCAGGAACUCUAUGUCGGCUACGAGAAUGAACUUAAAGUCAAGCCAGGAGUAUUUGUCUGGAGUUGGGUAGAGAGGGAGCGGAUUCAGGGCCAGUUGGAUGUCAUUCGGUUCGAGAUCUGUUCCCAUAGCGGGGCGUCUUCAGGCAAAGAAAAACCGGUGUCCAUGUGCAGGGCCAUUAUACGCGAGUAUCAACGGCCUUCGCAAAAGGCAUCUCUUUAAUAAAUGUUCAUUGCUUGAUGCGCACUCGGCAAUUUUGUCC